GCCGAGGCCGGGCAAGGCAAAGCGCCCCAACCCAGCGCGCUGUCCCAGUCCCGGCCGGGCGCACGGAAGUUGCUCCCAUUUCCUUCUGCAGCAGCCAGCCUGCAGCCCUCCAUGGGGACAGCGGGGAAGUAGUAGGCAUGCUGGCUGCCGCCCUGCUCAGCCCCGAGCCCCCCGCGGUCGACUUCGGAUUUUUCAUUUCAUUCAUUUCAUGUUUUCUUCACGUCCUUCUCCAGAGGGAGAUUCCCGGCCGGGCAGCUUCGCCGGCCUCUGUAUUGGGGUCACUCACCUGCCGCGGGGCAACUCUGCGGUUGCUGAUUCUGUCUGUCCUGCCGGCAUGAAAUGGGGGCGGGGGGCGCUCAAGAAGAACUUCGGGGUCAUUUUGCAGCACAACCAGCGCGUGAUUACUCGGAAGGAAGCCCCAUGAUGUUUAAUGGGUCUUUGCUUGCUUCUUUGAUUUCGGCAUGUAGAUGCUGCUUUGCGGGCAAGCCUCCCGAGGCCGUUUACACCAAAGCAUUAAAAACCAGAAGCACCCAUAAAACCCGAUUACAGCAGAGCUGUAAAGAGCAACAAAAAUACUUUCCAAGAGCCAGAUCUUUCCAGGUUGCACUCUUCAAUCAGGUCAUCAUCUGACCCAGGGACCACCCAGCGGUCAUCAAGCGCCGAUUCACCAGCGUCCUCAUUGUGUCCCUCCUAUCCCCAUUAUUUGUCUGGAUUUGGAAAGAAGUGACGGGCAUUAAGCCAGGAACACCCCUUCUUGCUCUGAUGGGCUUCCGGUUCGAGGGGAUCUUGCCAGCAACUCUGUUGCCUCUGCUGCUAACCAUGGUCUUAUUCCUCGGCCCCCUCAUCCAGCUGUCCAUGGACUGCCCCUGGGAUCUGGUGGAUGGUCUGCAGGUUGCAUUUGACCCCCGCUUCUGGGUGCUCUGUCUGACCGACAUGCGCUGGCUCCGCAACCAGGUCAUCGCGCCCUUCACGGAGGAGCUGGUGUUCCGCGCCUGCAUGCUGCCCAUGCUCGUUCCCUGCACUGGAUUGGGGCCUGCCAUCUUCACCUGCCCGCUCUUCUUUGGCGUCGCUCACUUUCACCACGUCAUUGAGCAGCUGAGAUUUCGGCAGGGAAGCACAGCCAGUAUCUUCCUCUCAGCAGUGUUCCAGUUCUCCUACACCGCUGUGUUUGGAGCCUACACAGCCUUCAUCUUCAUUAGGACAGGGCACCUGAUUGGACCGGUGCUGUGUCACUCCUUCUGCAACUACGUGGGGUUCCCGGCGGUCGGCGCCGCCCUCGAGCACCCGCAGCGCCUCCUGGUGGUCUUCUUCUACCUGCUGGGCGUGGCCCUCUUCCUGCUGCUCCUGCUCCCCAUGACGGAUCCCGCCUUCUUUGGACACCUGCCCAUCUGCUCCCUGCCCAGGUCGGCCUCCCCUCUCCACAGCCUCAGCAGCUUCCCCCUGUGCUCCUGACGCCCGCCGAGGCCCCUUCCCCAGCCAGGCACCCCUGCGCACCCAGUGGCAUGUGGGCUCGGGCCGCUUUGGCGAGGGGGCUCUUGUCGUCACCCCGUUGCCGUGGGAGGGUGCUGGGGGGAGCCGUCGGUUCCAGCCUGUUUGCGGUGGAAGUUGGCCCCGCCUGCGUUCUUGCACACCUCUGCCUCGAGCCAGCCAGCCCUUUUUAUAGAACCCGGGGGGGUCUUUUCCUCUCAGCCCCAAAGAGCUCUAUUUUUGAUGAUUAAAGUACUUUAAUGAG